AUGACUUUGUUUGGUGUCCAUAUUUUGGUGCCUGUCACUAUAAUUUCCAUUGUCCUGUUUUUCUUGGGAGUCUCUGAGAAUUUGAUAACAAUAGUAAUUUUCAGACGCUCGCAGGAGAUGAGGACGACAGUGAACAUGUACCUGUCCAGCAUGGCGCUGUCGGACACAUUGAUUUUCCUUGGCCUGCCUUCGGACCUCUACCGCCUUUGGAAGUACAAGCCCUACAUAUUUGGGGAUUUUCUCUGCAAGUUCUUAAUUUACCUGAGCGAAAUGUGCACAUACUGCACCAUCCUGCACACCACCACAGUGAGUGUGGAGAGGUACUUUGCCAUCUGCUUUCCCCUGAAAGCCAAAGCCACCACCACCAAGUGCUGGGUGAAACAGGUCAUCCUGGUGCUCUGAGGCUCCUCUCUCCUGACCACUGGCCCCAUCCUCUUCCUCUUCAGGGUGGAACAUCGCAACGGCAGCCUGCCCCAGGAGAGCCGGGAGUGCAGGUCCAUUGAGCGUGUGGCUCACACGGGGCUGCUCGAGACAAUGACCUGGGUCUCCACUAUUUAUUUCUUCGUGCCAAUGCUCUGCCUGACUCUGCGGUAUGGACUCAUCGGCAGAAAGCUCUGGUGGAGCGGGCAGCGGCUGCCAGGCUGCAAGGCU